CGGCAACAUUCCUCACAAAUUAUGCCACAGAAGCUUACCAAAGAGCGGGCUGAAGGUAAUUUUGAAAGCCUUGACGAGGUUCUCCAGCUUCUCAACCACUCUUCCCCAUUCCAACAUCUCUCCCCCUCCGUUGCCGUACAACUUCCGGCGAUCUUCACCCUUCAGGUGACUAGACUUUCUGCGAAAGUUUAGGUUUUUGCGCUGGUGUGACACCUCCUGGCACCGCAAAAGGGAGUGCGGCUAUGCUUUGAAGCAACAGUGGAGUGAUGGCGAUGGCAUCCAACGAGCCUACGCGCGCGAAGAUGGCGCAGCUUCGAAUGGCCUGUGAGCAGGAAAUACGAGCCUGCCGAGAGAGAUAUGGACUUCUGGCGACCUCCAUUCGGGAGUCGAUCAAGUCCAUAAAGGCAUUAGUUGAAAAUGCCCAAAUAAAUCGAGGAAAUCUUGCUAAGCUCAAAGAUCACUUAAAGGAAUUGGAAGACAGUUUUCGUUAUGCUCUAAAAGUAAAUGCCUCCAAAGAUGCCAAACAUACAUCCAUUUCUGAAGCUAUCUCUGCCAUGGUAGUAAGAAUUGAGCAUCUGAAGAAAACAGUUGAUGAUCAGAGGGCAAAGAAGGAUGAGUAUGAAGCAGUGCUAUCACGGCAGUUACUUGCUUUACAAACUAGUGAAGAGAAGCAUGAAAGAGAUUUAAUUGAAAUAAAAAAGCUUAAGGAAGCGACCGAUUGGUACAAAAGUGUGCUUGGGUUUAAGACUGAAGGAGGGGAAGGAGUUAAAUUCACUUUUAACAAAAUUGACCCAAAUGAUCAAGAGAAGGAGUAUUGGUUUAUUGUAAGGCUUGAUGGUGGCAUAUACUCUUUGCUGCAUUGCAAUCCGGAAGUAAAUGAUAUCGAUGAGCUGAUGAAGGAAUUGAAUAGAACCAAUGGUUUGUUCAAGUUUGUUAGAGAUAUGAGAGAAAAAUUUCAGGAAAUUCUAUGCGCAGACACGCAUUCAAAUGCUAUGUCAGCACCCCCUUCGAAUUCAAUGGAUAGUCAGACCGAAAUGUCUAUUGAAAAUAAUCGAUCUUUGCAAUCUAAAAAGCAUCAGGCUGGUUGCCUUCAUGAUGUUGUUCCCACUUCAACGGCAAUUUUAACACCGCAAUCUGUCUCAACUUUUCGACGCUCACCACGUUUUCUGGCCAAAAAGCUACCUUGAAAAAGGCAUUAUCUGCUAAUAUCGAUCUAAGGUGAAGAUAAAUCCAAAAGAUGGUGAAAAAGAUUUGGCUGGAUGAAUGAAUGUUUUCUGUCCUGUUAAAUAGCUUGUGCAUGUCUGGUGAGUUUUUUUGAAUUAUAGUAUGGCUUGAUUUGUAAUAGCAGUAGGUAUCUGUAUCCCUUGCUCUCUAUAUUAUUUUAUUUUUCUUUUAGAAAAGACUAAUAAUGAAGCAAGGAGAUGCUAACUGGUGUAAAAUGGGAACAAGCUCCUUUUAGGAUUUUAGAAACUAUCCUGUCUCUUGUUUGUUAGGCUGCUUUAUUAUUAUUAUUAUUAGUGAAACUUCCGCAUUCAAUGCAUCUAUGGACAAUGAAUAAGAGGAGAGCAUGCCUGUAUGCACGCUCUCUCCUCUUAUUCAUUGUUUGUAGGUGCGUUACACGCACCUAAUAUUUUACCCAUCCCAGCUGCUUCUUUAUGCUCGCGUGUACUGAACCUUGAGAAGCUAUUUCCACCUUGCAUGUAAGAAAUUAUUAUUCUUAUGUGGCAUUUACAUAU